UUGAAACAUUACCGUUAGUGCAAUUGUGAGUGUUCCAUGUUUUCAGAUUGAUGCAAGAUUUUUAUUUUUGCCUAAAUAAGAAGAAUUUGUGAGUGUUUUUGCAUGCGAAAACGUAAUAUUGUAAUCGAGAGAAAUAUUAAAGAGACUACAAGUCGUUGAAAAGUCCAACCACAUUGAGAAACAGAAGACUCCACCAAAACAAUGGCUCUCAAUGAAGAUAUUAAGUUGAGGAAUUUUGCAACAGGCAAGGAAAUGAUAAAGAGUAUGAUGAGAAUGAGGGAUGGUUUGUCUUACGCUGAUCUUCCAAAGAAACGGAAUGUUGUGUUUAACAUGGAAGAACUCAUCAGGGAAUUUGUCAAGUUAUGUCCGGAUUUCUUGGAGGAUCCCACUGAUGCGAAUGCUUCUCAAAUAUCCAAAAAACUUACACUGGAUAUUCUCUACAAUCUAAGUCCAAAGUCAAGGAAAGGCGUUGAUACAAGGGAGCGUCUGAGAUUUCGCCUUGAAAGUAAUGGAAGAAUAGUGAAAAAUAGCAUUUUUGUCUAUAUGGGGAAGGGAAACGAUCCAAGAACUAACACGCGUCCACGAGCAAGGGAUGGUUUGCUUCAUCUUACAAUUGAUCAAGCAUGCCUUUUGGCACUGAAGAAGUUUGAGAAACUCAUCGAACUGUCAGCUGCCAAGGGAGAGUACUUGUUGACUCCAUUGGCUGCCAAUGUCUUCUCCGGAUCAGUUGUUGAUCUGUAUGAAGAACUUAAGGGUCUCGGGGUGUCCUAUGACAUAGCCCAUCUGGUGAAGACAAUCAACCAAAGCAUGUACCGUGGGGGAGAACAUCUUGAAUAUAGUGAUUUGAACGCAGCUGCAGCGUUACAUCUUUCCAGUACAUCACAUCUAAGGAACCGCGACUUAGCAAAAGACAUCAUAAAGAGUAGAUUGAACACUUAUCUGAGGGCAGGAAAGAAGUUUGACAUUGAUGUAUUUGAGCUAUUUGCCAAGUACACCACCAUAGGACAAUUGGCUCUUCGUGAAGGAAACGCAACAGUGGACAGGCCAGCUUUUGAUCUGGAGUAUGAAGGAGCCGUAGGUGGAGAUGUUGAAGCAGCAGACGAGAUCGAGGAGCCAGUUGAGUCAGAGGACGAGGAGCUUCUUGUUGAAUCAACCCAACUGGAGUACAUAUGCGCCGUAGAUGAAGAUGCCGAAGCAGCAGACGAAAUCGAUCAGGAGCAGCCAGUUGAAUCAACCCAACAGGAUUCUAAAGCAGCUAUGCAGUGCUAUAUCUGUAAUCUUGUGUUUUCAUCCGAGAAUAAGAGCCAGGAUGUUGUUUUGGAAGUUUAAAAAAUGGCGAACAAGAAGUUUUUUUUUCUAGACUCUGUUGAUUUAAUUCUUAAAAUUUUAAUUGAAUCUUAUCAAGUUUUUCAUUGAAUUAGUCAAAAUAAUGUUAACUACUGACCAAAAACUGAUAUGAAAUAAACGAAUUUAACUGA